AUGUCCAAGACGGCCCAUCCUGGUGUCGGGGAAACCACUCCUCAGACCAAUCCCCCAGCGCAGAUCCAUCAUCCGCGCCGAGGUUCUGCCUUAAUACGCUUCCGUUGGCUCAGGGCCGUCUCAUUCAAGGGCGGGGUACGCAAACGAGCGGGCUGCUUCUGGACGGCAGCGCAGCCCGCUAUACGGGUUCUGUCAAAGUUGUCAAACUCAAAGCUCACAGACACGAGCAGGGCGCCACAAGCGGCGAAUCCUCUUAUCGCGGCGGCCAAUUCAUUCCCACAUGGGACGGAUACAGAAGGUGAAGAAGGAAUUUUUGUUUCAAAAGUCUGUGCUCUCUCACUCACUCCCGUUCACAGUACAGGGCAACAGACCGAUGUCACCGUCUCUUUCUCUCUAACACUCUGGUGGGUGGUCAGGGUCCGCAAGGUCUGUCGCAUUGGGGUUGCCGUCGUAGACUCGCGGCUCCCCGGCUUUAGAUCACCAGAAAACGCUGAUCUACGGUUCUCGGUACGUUCUACUAUCGCAGGAUGGGCAAGAGGGCCAAAGUCCAGGACUCCAGACGUUUCCUAUAGAGCCCCUCUGGGCGUCUGGGGAUGGCAAGCGCGCUUGUCUCGCAUGACGAGACACACGUUCAGCAUGCGGUGUCCUUGA